AGGAAGACACUACGUUAGGAGGACGCAGCAAGCUCCUCCUCCUUUUCUUCCUCCUCCUCCUCCUCCUCCUCCUCGACAUGACCAAGGCCGCGGGAGUGUUGCUGGCGGGCUGGUGUGUUGCGCUGGUGUGCCAUGUGUCGGAGGUGUCAGCUGACUACCCACCAGCCUCGUACAGCGCUUCAGGGUCCACGCAGAAGGCCUACAAACCUGCCAUCGAAUACGCGGGUCCGAUCGUGUACUCCGAUGAAAAGCCGCCGAUUAUUCACUUCCCCAGGCCGCCGCUGCCCAAGGCCGGCGGGUACAGCGGCGGCAGCGGCGGCAAGGCCCAGGCCGUGAAGUACGUGCCGCUGCCGCACCACGAGCUGCCGGUGCUCAUCUACCAGUCAGACUCCUCGCCGCCCAUCCACGUGGUGCACACGCCCGCGCCGCCCGUCAAGGCCUCGUACGGACCCCCGCCCAAGGCUAAGGGGCCCGCGCCCUCAUACGGACCGCCGCCCAAGGCGCCCGCCCCCUCCUAUGGACCACCACCCAAGGCUCCCGCCCCAUCCUAUGGCCCGCCGCCCAAGGCGCCCUCCCCGUCGUAUGGCCCGCCGCCCAAGGCCCCCAGGCCCAGCUACAGGCCCCCGCCCAAGGCGCCCUUCAGACUACCCUCCAAGGCGCCCUUCAGACUCCCCUCCAAGGCUCCGCUGAGACUGCCCUCCAAGGCGCCCUUCAGACUACCCUCCAAGGCCCCGCUGAGGCUGCCCGCCAAGGCCCCCAGGCCCAGCUACGGCCCCCCGCCCAAGGCCCCGGCACCGUCUUACGGCCCCCCGCCCAAGGCUCCGUCCCCGUCCUAUGGCCCCCCCAAGGCCCCGACUCAGUCCUAUGGACCCCCGCCUAAGGCCCCCGCCCCCUCCUACGGCCCGCCGCCCAAGGCCUCCCCUCCAAGCUACGGCCCCCCCAAGGCCUCGUCCAUAGCCAAGGGCCCGCUGCCCAAGGCCCCCACCCCGUCCUAUGGCCCGCCCCCCAAGGCCCCAGCCCCAUCCUAGUGCCAGCACCCCAAGGCCCCGGCCCCAUGCUACGGCCCGCCGCCCAAGGCCCCGGCUCCCAGCUACGGACCUCCCCCCAAGGCACCCUCCCCCUCGUACGGGCCCCCCAAGCGCCCCGCCCCCACGUACGGCCCCCCCAAGCCCCAGCCCAAGGCCCCGGGCCCCCAGUACGGCGCCCCCGCCAACACGGGACCCAUCUACAUCGCCGCCCCGCCCGCGCCCAGCCCCGUGGUGGUGUCCGCGCCCCCGCCCCCGUACGCCGCCCCCGCCGCGCCCCAGCCCAGCUACGGCGCCCCGCCCAAGGCCCAGUACCGCCCCCCGCCCCCCAAGGCCGCGCCCAAGCCCUCCUACGCCCCGCCCCCCAAGGCGCCGUCCCUCAAGGCCCCCAAGGCCUACGCGCCGCCCCCCGCCAAGGCCCAGGUCUACGCCCCGCCGCCCCCCACCUACGGCCCCCCCAAGGCCCCCAAGGCCACCCCCGCCCCCCACAUCAUCUACGCGGGCCACCCCCCCAUCCAUGUGUACCAGCAGCCCCCCGUCUACCAGGCCCCCCCCAAGGCCCCUCCCGCGCCCAAGGGCCUGCACGUGUCCCCCGCCGCGCCCAAGCCUUCCUUCGGCCUGCCUCUCAAGGGCAUCAAGGCCCCAAGGCCCGCCCUUAAGGCCCCGCGACCCUCAUACGGCGCCCCGCCCAAGGCCCCGGCGCCAAGCUAUGGCCCCCCGCCCAAGGCUCCGGCCCCCAGCUACGGUCCCCCGCCCAAGGCCCCCACGCCCACGUACGGCCCCCCCAAGGCCCCGGCUACUAGCUACGGCCCGCCGCCCAAGGCUCCCUCCCCGAGCUAUGGUCCGCCCAAGGCACCAAAGGCGCCCUCCCCCAGCUAUGGUCCCCCGCCCAAGGCCCCUACGCCCAGCUACAGGCCGCCCAAGCUGCACAAGGCCCCGGCACCCUCCUAUGGCCCUCCCCCCAAGGCCCCGGCACCCUCCUAUGGCCCUCCCCCCAAGGCCCCGGCCCCGUCCUAUGGCCCUCCGCCCAAGGCACCGUCCCCUACCUAUGGCCCACCCAAGGCACACAAGGCCCCAUCACCGUCCUAUGGCCCCCCCAAGGCCCCAUCACCGUCCUAUGGCCCCCCCAAGGCCCCAUCACCGUCCUAUGGCCCCCCCAAGGCCCCAUCACCGUCCUAUGGCCCUCCCAAGGCUCCAUCACCGUCCUAUGGCCCUCCCAAGGCCCCAUCCCCGAGCUAUGGCCCCCCCAAAGCCCCCUCGCCUAGCUAUGGCCCCCCGCCCAAGGCCCCGUCACCCGGCUACGGCCCUCCCAAGGCACCCGCACCAUCCUACAGACCCAAGGCCCCGUCCAAGGCCCCUAGACCGAGCUAUGGCCCCCCACCCAAGGGACCCCGCCCCACCUAUGGCCCCCCCAAGGCCAGUAAGCCCGAGCCCACGUACCUGCCAGCCCCCAAGGCCUUCCACAAGCCCCCGAUCAUCAUCUACCAGGGCGUCAGGCCACCCGUACACGUGUACCAGAAGCCCAGCGGAAAGGCCCCGUCCAAGGCUCCCUCCCCAGCCUACGGGGCCCCCAAGACGGCCUCCGGGGCGGCGUACGGGUCCGCUAGCUCUCCUCAGGCCUCCCCGAAGGACCCCGUGGGCGCCGAGGAAGUGGAGAAGGACGCCGAGGAGCAGGAGGUGGAGGCCGUGGGGGACUGGGAGCCUGCGGUGGGCUACGCGGCCUACUCCGACGCCUCGCUGUCGGUGAACGCGCCGCGCCGCCCCCACACAACCUCCGUGGACAUCAGCGAGGCCAAGGUGUCCGCGUCGGUGUCCGUGAGCUCCUCCUCCUAG